GUAUAGGGAAUGGCUAAAGAUGGCAGGAGGGAGCAGAAAACUACUAUGGUCUCUCCUCCUUAUUUUGGUUUUUUUGGGCUUUUGGGUCGUCCAGCUAACAUAAACACACCAAUUUUGAGUAGUGUUGGAAUGGAUUUAGCAACACCAGGAGGUCUUGGCUGUGUCACUGUCACGGUGUCACCAGAAAAUUUGCUCGUGUUAUUAACUUUUCUCCUUUCCUUGACUCCCUCUUCGUCGGCGUUCCUCGCAGGUCUCCUCCGUUUUCGCUCUUCAAUUCCCUCUCUUUUAGGGUUAGAUUCUGAUACCUUUCACUCCUGCUGCUCUUGAUGCAAAAAGUUGAUGACCCCUUGUGCUGGUGUGGGGCUUGGAAAUAGCAAGGAAGGUGGUGGGGCUUUACAUUUGUUGAGUAUUGUUGAAGUGGAAGUGGAUCCUAAUCUCUGAACUGGUAUCUUGAGGAUUGACACUGGCUGGCAUUCUUGAUACAUGGAAAGGGAUGGAGGCACGCACUGCUUUAUCCAUUAAAAAAUCAGGUGCAAAGCAUCUUACUAACCCGGGAGCAUCUCGAGCUUCGUCCUCAGCUUUGCCGGUUCUUCCCAUUUCCCUGGAAGAAAAAUAUCCAAAAUUGCCAGACUCUCAACAAGUUUCAUUGGAAAAGGAACUGAUGACGUAUCCCAGGGCUCCAGGUGGAUCUUCACUGGUCACCAACAGUGGGGUUGCUGGGCCCAUAUUUUCAACAGACACAGGCUUCUCCUCAGAUCUACAGUUUUCAUCUGUUUCGCUCCAUGAAAGAAAUUCUGGAAAUCCCCCCUUCAUUUCCCAGUCAUCAAAUAAUCAAGCAUCUCUGCCUUUAGCACCAUCUUCUCAUUCAGCAACGUUUCAGUCUAGGGCAUUGAAUCAUUAUUCCAAAGAAAACAGUGAUGUUCCCUGGUGUACAGAUUCGCUGCAGGGUUUCCUUGAUUUUCCUGAUAGUGUCCCUGCCCAAAAUAGUCAAAUAGAGAGUAGUGCUCUCAUGGUAUCUGAGGACCCUACUAAGCGGAAUGAUUGGCAGGAAUGGGCAGACCAGCUUAUCCAGCUUAGCACUGAUGAUGAUGCUUUGGCUUCUAACUGGAAUGAGCUUCUUGUUGACAACAGUGCUGUGGCUCCUGUACCAAAGACAGUAUACCAGGUGCCCAAACCAUCUUCAAACAUCUCAGUGCCCCAGCCCCAAGUUCAUCAGCAGCUUUCUGUUACUUCUGGAGAACUUUGCCCAGUUGCUAGUCCCACUUCCUCUGUCAAUGGUGCCCCAAACAAGCCACGAAUGCGUUGGACACCUGAACUGCAUGAACGUUUUGUAGAAGCUGUUAAUCAGCUUGGAGGCGGUGAAAAAGCUACUCCCAAGGGCGUCCUAAAGCUCAUGAAAGUUGAAGGCUUAACUAUUUACCAUGUAAAAAGCCAUCUGCAGAAGUACAGAACAGCUAGGUAUAGACCAGACUCAUCAGAAGGAACAUCAGAGAAAAAAACAAAUUUGAUUGAUGAGAUGCCAUCUCUAGACCUGAAAACGGGUGUUGAGAUUACUGAGGCAUUGCGACUGCAAAUGGAAGUUCAGAAGCGAUUGCAUGAACAACUUGAGAUCCAAAGAAAUCUACAACUGCGUAUAGAAGAACAAGGAAGGCAUCUACAGAUGAUGUUUGAGAAGCAAUAUAAAACCACUGGUGAGAAGCUCAAGGCCUCUUCAUCCACUCUUGGUGAUCCCACUGAUUCCUCAUCAGAUGUACGGCUGCAUUCCCCAGUCAAAAAUGAAGCAGAAACUUCAGAGAAGGAUUGUGCUGGAACAGUAAAUGAUGCAAUUGAUGCCAGUGCAACACCGAAUCAAAGUUCUCAGAAGUCAGGUGGGAAGCAAAUGGCAUCUGAAACCAGAACCACUAUUGAUCUUGAUCCUGAUGGCAGUGGCAAGUCUAGUUCCCCACCGACAAAACGCGCAAGAGUGGAUGAUUCAGCCGUGUCAUGUGCCAAAUCUCAGUCCGACUGAUGAAGCCUAUACUGCUUCCAUUGCUGCUUGGUAAGACAUGAUUUCCACAGCUAAUAUUGCAAAGGGGAAACUGUGGUGACUGACGAUAGGGGGAUUGGAAGUGGAGCUAGUAACUAGACAUGGGCGAUAGCAUGUGCUUUCAUUUGAAUCAAUAAGAACAGUAUAUGAGUUUUGAUUGAUAUGUUUAUCAACUUCCUGAUUUGUGCGCUUUAAGGUACGCUGUGAACUGGUGUUGAAAACCGGAUGCAUUGUAUAUGGCCAUGAAGAGAAAUAUUUAUUUUUAGGAAUCCUAUAGCCUUGAAUUUUAUUAGGGUUUUUGUCUCUCUCUCUCUCUGUUUUGAAUUUUAUUCCUCUAGCUGAACAUGAUGAGCACUAAUGUUUAAUGACUUCCUUACUGUCUA